AUGAUUGUACGAUCACAAGCCGUGGUGCCGCUGCUUGCGGUGCUCCUGUGCCUGGAGGUUUCGCACGGUGCCCCUUCUUUCGGGAAAUCGACGGACGAUGGAGAAUUUCGUGACAAAAAGUACGACGAGGAGCUGAAGCAAGUCAGCAAAGUGGGCAAUACUUACGUGGCCGCACUGGAGGUGUACGACAACCCGCCCGAUCAGGACAACGCGCGCAAGGAGGUGGACAACUUUCCAUCGAACGUCUACAGCAAGUACGAUGGGCUGCAGCGGAAGGUGAAAAGCUUGUUCGAUACCGAACCGUUAAUCGAUAACAUCAGAGAAUCGGACAAGUACGGCAAUACGGGCGAUCAGUUCUACUUCAUCACGAAACCGCUGGUGGAGACUACGGCCAAGGUGAACAUGUUCAUCAACUCGGUGAUAGCGGCCCCCAAAAAACUGCUCGAAGGCUUUAAGAAGCAAGCGAAUGACAAGCUUAACGACGUCGGUGGAGCACUGGUCGGUUUGUAAGCUAGGGCUGGUGGGCUGCAGAAACCACUCAGCAGGAACGAAAACGAUAAGGGAUAGGGCGCUGCCCCGUACGAUGAUGGAUGGACUUUAAUGCCAAUAAUCGAAGCCUUUGUCGGGCCAUUCUUAGUGGCAGCUGUUGGAAGCAAAGGACCG